AUGUCACUUCUUGAGUUGUGCAGGGAGUACGUGGCGGCACGGAGCAACGAUCGGAUGCUCGCACGAAUGCUUGCCUUGAGCCUCGCGGCUUUACUGCUGGUGCUGGCGGUGACACCGGGCCGCCAAGUAGCCAAGCUGUUUCACGCACGCAAGACGCGAGAAGUGUCGGAGAUGAAGCGGAGGCGGCGUUGUAGUUUUGGCGUGAAUUUGGCUGACCGACCGCGCGUGUCCAGCUACGAACGAUUUUUCUUCCUGCUGCGAAUAGCCGUGCCUUCCCUGCGCUCCCGGGAAAGCGGGACGCUGAUGAUUAUAUCGUCGCUGCUGCUGUUGCACACGUACCUUACUUUGCGCCUUGUGAAGAUGAGUACGCACCUCAGUAGGACUGUGAUUGAGUGCGACCUCGCAGCAAUGGCGAGUACCCUCCUGGCGUUCUUGGCGUGGUGCCUACCUACCGCUCUCACAAACAGUUCUCUGCAGUACUCUGUGGGGGUUCUGACACUGCAGCUUCAGUCAAACCUGAGCCGCUACUUUUAUCGCGAGUACCUGAACCAGCAGGUGUUCUUUUCCCUGGCAAGCUCGCACCGUGGCAAGGAGCUGGAUCAACGCUUGACGAAGGACAUUGAAAGCUGGUCCUUGGCGGUGACAAUGUUGUACACACGGCUGCUCAAGCCCAUGAUUGAUGUCGCGCUCUUUUCUUGCAGGUUAACGUCACUCAGCGGGGCUCGCAGCCCGUUGGUUAUCGCUGGCUACUACACCGGCUUCGCAGCCUUUACCUACGCCUGUGCCCCGGAUUUUGAGGGUAUCGUAAGUGAACAAUUUGCACGGAAUGGUGCCCUUGUCACCGCCCACCAGCGGCUUGUUCCAUACGCAGAGGAAUACGCCAUGACGCAGGGACAAAACUUUCAUCUGUCGCUGAUGGGCAGAUACCUUGCCUCUAUUGUAGAGCACGAUCAGUGGGCCUCCUACGUGCGUGGCGGGUACGAGCUUAUAGAGAGACUUGUCCUAAGGCAUGGGUCUGUGCUACUUGGCGCCGCCGUCUGCGGGGCGGCGGUGUUCAAUAAGCAUACGGAGGGAAAUUCUGCUGCAGAACUCAUGGCGGUCUUCACGGAGACGUCGUACCUCGUCAGGAAGCUGGCGGUGUCGAUUGGGAGCAUUGUUGAGAAUUUUAAGAGGUGCUUUGUUUUACAGGCGCUAACGAACCGUGUGUACGAGCUGCAGGAGGGGAUAGAACAGGUGAUAGAGGAUGGGGCGGGGAGUGGGGCGGGGGAGGUGGUGCGAGGGAAUUAUAUAGAGUUUGACCGCGUCCCGAUUGUGUUGCCGACGAAUGAGGUGCUUUGCAAGGGGCUGUCGUUUUACGUGAAACGGGGCAUGAAUCUCCUGGUCGUUGGCCCCAAUGGCUGCGGUAAGUCCUCCAUGGUCCGACUUUUGGGCGAGCUGUGGCCGCUUCAAGGAGGCCGUAUCAUGAAACCGCGAAGUGAUCAGAUUUACUACGUGCCGCAGCGACCCUACAUGUCAAAUGGGACACUGCGGGAUCAAAUUACGUACCCGCUGAAAGCCAGCGAGGUCCUCGUCGGCGAAUCCACGCUGCUGCACUGCCUGGAGCAGGCCAUGCUGGACGACAUUUUUUUAAAGCCCGACAUCACGUGGGACUCCACUAUCUCGUGGGCAGACGACGUGCUGUCGAUGGGUGAAAAGCAGAAACUUGCCAUGGCGCGGCUGUUUUUCCAUCGACCGAGCUUUGCCAUUCUUGACGAGUGCAGCAGCAUGAUGGACGUGGAGGUGGAGGAGCGGCUGUACAACGUGUGCCACGAACUUGGCAUCUCCCUCAUCACCAUUGCCCAUCGCCGAUCAGCCUGGGGUCAUCACAACUGGAUCCUCCGCUUUGACGGUUGCGGCGGAUUUAUGUUUUCCCCGGUCAGGUUUGAGUCAGAGGGGGUUGUGGUUCUCACGAAGAUCGUCACCGCGUCUGACCCAACCAUGGUGGGGCGGGAGGCUCGGCUUGACUUAUCCCAGUACGGUGGGUAG